AUGAUUGCUGACCAGGUGCUCUGGCAAUUGCAGUUUGGUCUCCCUUUGAUUUACAGAGUUAAAAGCAAGAUUGUUUUUUGUGAGCAGUCUGGUUUUGAAGGGUUUAUACGAGACAAGUACACGGCUCUUCCUGAAACACGUGAAAGGUUGCUGGCAACAGAAGUAACUGGUCUGUGGAGGUACUCUUAUGAAUCACUAAGCAGCAUCCCACAGAAGCCACUUUACUUUAUGGAGAGGUACGACAAUGUUAAAAGAGUUCUGCUUGAAACCUUUUUCGGUCCACCGAAUGUGGGGGUGUACAGCCCAUCUAUUCAAAGCACUCUCUAUCAAAUGGCAAGGGCCACAUUGAACAGAUUUUCUAACAUAGAUUCUGUUCAACUAAAGAUGCCAAAUAUUCAUUUUCUACUAGUCAAUAUCUCAAAUACAGGUGGUCAAAUUGUAAAGAAAGAAGCUGUUCACUUGGUUUUCAAUGUUAGAUUUGAUUGCAUCUCAUUUUGUCUGUCUCAUUGUCAUCAUAGUAGAAAUUAGAGGAAGCAAAGAUGAAAGGAAUUUGAAAUUUCGAACGGAGACUAAGAACCACCAAUUAAAGGUCCCAUUCCAGACAACUGGAGGUGCCCUGAAUGUUGUCAAUGCAACUAUUGAUAGGUAUAAGAAAGCAUGUUCAGAUUAAUCUGGUGCUAGAUCUGUUUCUGAGAUUAAUGCUCAGGGGUGUUGAUGAUGAGAAGGAAUAUCAUGUGAAAUGGAAAGAGCUUCCAUAUGAUGAAUGCUAUUGGGAGUUUGAGACAGAUAUUUCAACAUUUCAACCAGAAAUAAAAAGAUUCAAUAAAUUCCGGUCUAGAUCCAGCAAACUUGCCUCCAUGAAGCAAAGAAGCAGUGUUAAGGAUGAUGUUGAAUUGAAGAAUUACAAUAUGUAAAUUUCAGUCUAGAUCCAGCAAACUUGACUCCUAUAUGUCUCUUUUUAUAUUUCUUGAUUUGGUUACAAAAUUACAAUGCAAACAUUAAUGUUUUAAUUUGUUUAUGAUUUGCUUGUUUAUAGUACUUUUCUUUUA